CCGCUCCUCCCCAGGGUUCCUGCGCCUCCCUGGAGCUGGGCGGGCAGAGGUGUACCCCCCAGGCUCCCCAGCAACCCGCGACACCGGCCGCCGGGGAGAGCGGGCCUGCGACGUGACCUCCGCCCCGAGGCGCCUCCCGCUGCCCGCUCGGCGGCCGCGCUCCCCGCUCCGGUCUCGGAGUCCGGGAAGCGGGUCGGCAGACCUGUCGAGUGGGAGCCGCGCGGCGUCCGAGGAGCCAGCCGCGACCGGUUUCUGCCCCAUGCACAGGUCCCUUUGUUUCUGUGAUGAGCACCACAAUGGGGUGAGGUUUGGAAGAGAGACCUGAAGGCCCACUCUGGUACCGGAGCACCAAACCUGCACUCUACAGUGGAACCUCUCAUAUCCCAUGUCAGUGACAAGAGGAAACGGUAUUUUUGUUUAGCCACUGUUUAGGUAGUACAAGAACACUCCCUUCAUAUUGAUGGGAUCCCCAGGAUAAGACAACCUGUCACAGGAAGCGUUCACGUUAACCUCUCCCUUCCGACAGCGGGGUUUGGCAGCUCUGCUGGACUCACAUGACUUUCUCCCCGCAGAGUUUAGCAGCAGGGUGAAGCUGGCCUCAACUUGCCCGUGGAAUAGAAGCAGCGCCUACAGGUGACAGAAAGACCUCUAGAAGACACAGUUUUGAGGCCUCCCCCUCUUCCCUCUUAGGAAAACCAAAACUUACCUUUGGAGCAAGGAGCACAUUUCCCUGCAGGCCGCCCCUCACCAUGUUGGCGGCUUCAGGCAAUGUGGCAGUGGGCAGACCCUACGCAUGCAGCGAGUGUGGAAAGAGCUUCCGCUACAGCACAGUGCUGCUGCGGCAUGAGCGUGCCCAUGGUGGUGAUACCUGUUUCCGCUGCCUGGAGUGUGGCGAGCGCUGCGCACAGGCUGCCGACCUGCGUGCUCAUAGGCGGACCCACGCAGGCCAGACGCUCUACAUUUGCAGCGAGUGUGGCCAGAGCUUCCGCCAUAGCGGCCGACUCGACCUGCACCUGGGUGCCCACCGUAGGCGCAGCCGCGCCUACCCAUGCCGCCUGUGCGGUGGCCGCUUCCCUCACCUACCUGCGCUGUUGCUGCAUCGCAGCCGCAGACACCCGCCCGAACAGCCUUGCCGCUGCCCACUGUGUGCACGUGCUUUCCGGCAGAGCGCGCUGCGUUUCCACCAGGCGCGGGCGCACCCAGCAGGCAACCCGGCUGUCCCCACCCCUGGCUCGCCCCACCGCUGUACACAGUGCCCUCGGGCCUUCCGCAGCAGUGCAGGGCUUCGCAGUCAUGCACGCGUCCACACUGUUCCCAGCCCUGGAGCCCACAUGCCCCCACAACCCCGUCCUACAGACGUGCACCAGUGCACUGUAUGUGGCAAGACUUUCGGCAAGAGUUCCACACUAACGCGCCACCUCCAGACGCACUCAGGUGAGAAGCCUUUCAAGUGCCCAGAGUGUGGCAAAGGCUUCCUGGAGAGUGCCACGUUAGUGCGCCACCAGCGUACACACACGGGCGAGAAGCCCUAUGCUUGCAGUGACUGUGGACGCUGCUUCAGCGAGAGUUCCACGCUCCUACGCCACCGGCGCAGCCACCGUGGCGAGCGGCCACACGCGUGCACCACUUGUGGUAAAGGCUUUGGGCAGCGAUAUGACCUGGUGGUACAUCAGCGCAUCCACACCGGGGAGAGGCCCUUCCCAUGUCCCGAGUGUGGCCGCGGCUUCAGCGAUCGUUCAGACCUCACCAAACACCGCCGUACGCACACUGGGGAAAAGCCAUAUGGCUGCGAGCUGUGUGGCAAGCGAUUCACGUGCGUGUCCAACCUCAACGUGCACCUGCGCAAUCACGCAGGCCAUAAGCCACACACGUGCCCUGAGUGUGGCAAGGCUUUCAGCGUCGCCUCCAAGCUUGCACUGCACCGAAAGACACACCUGGGCGAGCGGCCAGCGAAAUGUGCUGAGUGUGGCAAAUGCUUUAGCCACAGCCGGUCACUGUCACAGCAUCAGCGGGCCCAUACACGUGCCCGUGCUGCUGUCCGUGAGGCUGCAGGAGGCACGGACCUGGUCCUUAUGGGGCCAACUGGACAGGGAAAGCCAGGGGUCUUAUGUCCCCGAUGAGGGUGACUUGCUGGGAGGCUUCUUGAAGGGGCCUGGGCUAGCACCCCUACAGUGCCAAGGGACAAAAGAGGACUCACAGGUUUGGCCUUUUGCACUUCUGUUGGUGCCCUUUGUUUACCAGGAUUGCCUUACCUCUGCACUGACUUCCCCAGAGGCUCUUUCCCCAUCCUCAGUCCUUGAAUCUCCCAACCUCUCCAGGUAUGGGGGAGGGCAUCAGGACAGCCCUCUCGCAGUGUGCAAGGGGUCCCAGAGCUGUGUCCUGUUGCUGGCCUGUGUUCUGGUAUUUUUCCUGUUUUCCCUCCUGUGUGCUGUCUUCUCCCCUCUCCUUACGCCAGUGUGCAUUUCCUCGGCCUCUUUCCCCAAUACAUUUGCUGCUGUGCCUCUCUAGGUACUAAAGUCACAGAUUUGGCUAGUUGCAUCUUGCCAGCUCUGUGGUCUUCUUGCCAGUUAGUUGUACCUGUUAAACUGCUUUCUCCCUCUGCUUGAAAGAUGGAGAUGGGAGCCCAAUUCAUUGAACAGCAUCUCCAUGCCAGGAGCUGCUUGCUCCCUGGGAAUGGUAGCCCACCCAGAUGAGACCAGGCAGGACCCUCAGCAUGACUAUCUUCUGUCCCCAGAGCAAAUUCGGGUUCCUAUUAGGACAAUGUUUUCCGGCCAGGUGAGGGACAUUUUGCCCUGGCAUGUGGGAUAAGACCAUGUGGGUUCACAAAGCCAAGUACUGCCAAGUGGAGUAUCAGAAUAUUAUUUCCAAAUCAAACUUGGAACCAUGGGGUAACAGGUUCACAGGUGGAAGCAGGACGGAGACUCCUGGAAUUGUGACUUUUUGCUUGGUGAAAUAAAAGAGUUGUUUGGGUUUUGGA